AUGGCUAUGCAAGGAACUGCAGUUGUCUAUUGUGAUCCAUGUACAUACAACAAACUGACAGCGCCGGUUCAGUUCUGGUGUCUAUCUUGCGAGGAGGCAUUAUGUAAAUCAUGUGCAGAUAGUCACAAAGGAAUGAAAGCAACAAGAAAUCACAGAAUACUUACGUAUGAAAAAAGCAAAGAGGUUACCUCUUUAGGUCACUUGAUUUCACAGCAGUGUAAACAACACAAUAAACUCCUUGACCUUUAUUGUCCUACUCAUGACGAACCUGUUUGCUCCUUGUGUAUUUCAAAGAAUCAUAGAGAGUGCAAAGAUAUGGUUUCAAUAGACGAUGUAGCAAAAAACGUUAUUUCGUCCACAUCGUAUUCCAAUCUUCAGAGAGAUAUCAGUAAUCAUGAAGAAAAUUUAUUAAAGGUCAAGACAAAACGCCAGCAGAACUUAACAAUCGUUGAAACCCAGGAAUCAUCUAUUCAGUCAUCAGUAAAAGACAUGAGAAAAAAAAUGGAUGAACAUUUAGAUAAUUUAGAAAAAGAUCUUAUACAAGAAUUGGCGGGAACGAAAGAAACAUGCAAAACUACGGUCAAAAUGACGUUAGCAGAUUUAGAAUUUAGAUUAUCAGUAGCUUCCGAAAUGCAUUUCAAAAUUUCACAACUUAAAGAGAUUGCCACAGAUGUUCAGUUGUUUCUUGCCAUUAGAGAAAUAGAUAAAUUGGUAAACAUUGAGCAGAACUGGUUGCAAGAAUCGCUCAAUCAGCAAAACAUGAAUGAAUCGUCCUUAUAUCUCAAUAUGGAACCAAUGAAUAACCUGCUGACUCUCAAGUCUCUUGGUUCUGUAACAAUCGUAAGUAAAUUCUCUGAAGUCCAAACUGUGACGCCUACAUCUGGUGAAGCACAAAUGCCAAUAAAACCAAUAGAUAAAAGAAUAGAGAAAAUAAAGCUUUUUGAGAAGACAUGCAUUAAAAGCUCCUACAAAGUCAAGGACGGUAGUCUAUAUUUUGGAUGCCUGAUAAGAAGUACUGGAGGUUUCAUGCUUGUAAACUAUUGCGAAGACAAUCUUGAAAUGUUUAAUGGAAGUGGGAAACAUCAGGCGAAUAUUACUAUACCUGGUACUCCAAGUGAUAUGACUGAAAUAUCAAACGACUGUUUUGCAAUUACUUUCGGAAACGGAAAAAAAAUUGAGAUUGCUAGCAUAAAAAUUUCACAAUACAAGACUAUUAAAAUAAUUCCUACUACCGGAACCUGCUGGGGAAUAUCCUAUUAUGACAACAAAUUAGCAGUGAAGAUAUCGAAUGAAGGGAUACAUUUGUAUAACAUAAAUGGAACAUUACUAAAGAAACUUGAAACUGAAGAAACACAAGGCUUAUUCUACAAUGUUACUAUGAUGGAGAACAUUUACUGUUCAAGGAGAAAAGAAAAUACCGUAUUCUGUUGUAACCAACAGGGUAAUGUUUUAUGGACUUUUCAAGACAACCUUUUGCAAGAUCCUGAAGGUAUAACGACAGACAGUUAUGGAAAUGUAUUUGUUGUUGGAGGUCAAUCGAAAAAUAUUUUCGUAAUUUCUCAUGAUGGACAAGGUAGAGAAUUACUGAAGAUGGAACAGACACCUAUUUCUGUCUACUAUGAUAAAGUGAACAAUCAGCUCUUAGUACGGACAAAUGAAAAGGUUUUCCUUUUUGAUAUAACUUUCGAAAAGUAG